AUGGCACGGCAUGCGCCUUCUGGCCAUGCAGUUCUGACAUUCCAACCUGUAACAGGCACCUUUGGCACCAGGGUUUAUGUGAAGCUCUCGUCUCCAUAUGGCUUGUUUUUACUAUCGACUCCGGGGCCAAUCCAGACAAAAGGGUCAGACUUUAUCUACAUUUGCGCCUCAGCUUUUGGCCACAGACUGUCAGAACAGCAACGUGUAUUGUCACUCCUCCUCAAGGGUCCUUCUGGAGAGGAAAUCCCUCGCAUUCCCGUUGGUACAUCUGAGUAUCUCAAGCCGUCUGGGGAUGAGAGCACGAGACCAACUACGAUGCUUGAGCCUGAGGGCGUGGAAACUGCCUCUACGAUUGAUCAUCCGAGUAUCCCCCCCAAAGCUUUGGGGAUAUCUUCUACAUCUGACUCUAACGGUGCUCCUCAACUUGUCCGAACUAGCAUCAUCACUACAAAUUCUAGAAACAACACAAGUAACCAUCCUAACUUGAUUUACUCUGAUAAGGUAGCUUUGAAGUUCCCAGGCAAGUUAGAAUCGAUGGAUGAGGAAUGGGCCAACUGUCACCGGCUUGUCCAUUUCCGCAACACACAAAAGAAGUCGACUGCGAACACGACCUGCCACUCAGCAAGCGCCAGUAACCGGCCAGCCAACAGCAUCUUCGACGCUAUCGAUCUUCUUGAGCAGCUGGUCGCAGUGCUAAAGCAUUUACAUGUCAAGGAGAAGGAUCAUACUCACCGUAAAUUAGAAGGAUUUUUAUCAAAGACUAAGCCAGACAACCAGGACUUCUUCAAGAUCAUCAUGCGCUUCCCCAACCCUAAGCUCCGCAACAUCAAGAAGGAGGUCAAGGCAUUCCCAUAG